CACCAAUGGGCUUCAAUACCGCCGGUAAGGCCUUACAACAUCCCCGUUCGACUCCUCUUCACAUGGACACAGAGGUUGUACGGCAUCUCAUAAUGACUCGCUGCCUUACGCACUUUGGUGUACGAUAUACGACUAGUGCAUUCUGACUGGCUCUUUGAUGGCUCCAUACAACAAGCUUGAGGCUUAGAGACAGGCAGGACAGGACCGUUUGACGUACUAAAAUCUGCUGUCAGAUUUCCCUUUCGCAAUGCGGCCCGAUGCAGCCUUGAACGCAAUGAAGCCGGCGACUAUUCGACCCAACGGCGCGCGUACGGGUGGAAAUCUCACCGAGAUGAGUUAUCGCAUCGAGUUGAAGCUCCCCGCGUACUGCGUUUUCACUAGGGAUUCUCUUAUUCAUACAUGUAUAAAUCACUGGGUGCUGCCGCUGAUCUUGAUGCCGUCCUUCACUCUGCAUUUGAAGUAACGAUUCGAGUAUCUAUUUACUCACACCGAGGAUCUCUUGAAAGAGACACAGUAUCUGCGAUCAUGACACUGUCAGCGGACUCUGUAGCUCAGGCUACCGAAGCAGCGGCCAACAAUGGUGUCAGCGACGGCAACAAGAAGCGUCCUUACCUUCUCUUCUGCGCGGCGCCAGCAACAGGACACACAUAUCCCCUCCUCCAGGUCGCUGAUGAGAUGAUUCAACGCGGCUUCGAAGGCACAUUCAUCGCCGGCGAAGAAUUCCACCCUCAAGUCAAGCGCAUCGGUGCCCAGCAUGUUAGCAUUCCGCCCAUGUUGAACCCCGAGCAGCAAGCCAUUCGCGAAAAAGUUCCUGUUGGCAUACCCCGCCUCAUGUUCGACCUAAGCAAUGUCUUCAUUAGGGCUGUGACGCCUCACUUCCAUGUCGUGAUGGAAACCCUCGAGAAGAUCCGUGUCGAGCAUCCCGACAAGCAAGUCGUUAUUGUCCACGAGACGUUCUACAUGGGUCUUGCCCCUAUGAUGUACGGCACGCCUCUACCCAAGGGCUACACCACGAGACCGCCCGUCGUCGACAUCAACAUUAUCCCCAUCGUGACCACGAGCAUUGAUACCGCGCCGUUCGGACCUGGUCUGCCUCCCGACUCGACCGAAUCCGGCCGCGGGCGGAACAAGCUCCUCAAUGAAAUGUUCUUCAGCCCAAUGGGCCCCUUUGGUGCGGCAGCAAAGGAGUACAACGACGUUGUCAAGGCGCUCGGCGGUACGCGCGAGCUGCCGCCAGCCUUGUUCGAAUCAUGGCAAACUAGUUACGACGUUACCCUGCAAAUGUGCUCGCCCAGCCUCGAGUACCCCAGAUCGGAUCUCCCCGACGCCAUCAAGUACGCGGGAUGUUUGCCGCCCAAGCCCAUCGACCCGAACUACAAGUACCCAGAAUGGUGGGGUGAAAUCACGGCCGGAAAUAAGAAGGUUGUGGGAGUUGCUCAGGGUACCAUCGCUAUCGAUUACACGGAUCUCAUCAUCCCCACGAUACAAGGUCUGGCUCACCGUGACGAUAUCAUUCUCGUUGCCAUCUUGGGUGUCAAGGGCGCGACACUUCCCGAGGAGCUCACGAUUCCGGCCAAUACCAAGGUCAUCGACUUCCUCUCGUACGACGCCCUACUCAAACACGCAGAUGUCUGGGUCCUAAAUGCUGGCUAUGGAGGCUUCCUGCACGGGAUAGUGAAUGGGGUACCUAUGGUGCUCGGAGGCGAUACAGAAGACAAGCCGGAGAUCGCUAUGCGUGGGCAAUGGACGGGUGUAGCUGUUAAUCUCAAGACUGGUCGCCCGACGUCGCAACAAGUUGCAGAAGGAGUAGAGGAGGUGCUUGCUAACGACAAGUACAAGAAGCGGGUGUUGGAGAUCAAGAAGGAGAACGAGGAUAUGAAAGCCCUGGACUUUAUAGAGAAGCACAUCUGGGAGUACGCAGACUCGGCAUGAAGGAUGGCAUGUCAUGUUUCAAGCGAGUUCAGUAAGCCAUGUGGGUGACACAAUGCAGUGUUUCGCCGCCCAAUACCUCAGUUCUGUUCCGACUAUCACUACUGCUGCUGCUGCUGCCGCUGCUAUUUUUGACACUAUCGUUACCGCUCCUACUCUCUGUAUUCUACAUAUUCCUGGGAGAAUACGCUUUAGAAAGUGUAGCAAGUUAUUCAUGAUCCCAUUAUGGGUUAUGAGAAGGGGACGGCGAGGAUGAUGGUGCUACCGACGCGUGCAAUGCGGCCCUGUCGGCGGACUAUGCGGGCAACGACGUUGAAAUGGCAGGCUGAACGGUCAUAAAUUGUAUUUUACCUUUUCAGCCCAGAAGAAGUCAAUCGAAGGCCAAGAUUUGAGCACUCGUUGUGCUCCUCUCC